AUGAAUUGUGUAGUGGGACCCUACAUUCAUGAUACAGGCUAUUGGCUCAGAAAACAGCUAUUAGUAGGUCAUAUUUGGGAUUGGACUCUGUCCCUGACUUUAAAAUAUACACUGUGCUUUCUUUGUUCUCUUUAUCCUAAACAGGCUGCAGAUACUUUGGCUGUGAGGCAAAAGCGAAGAAUUUAUGAUAUCACCAAUGUCUUAGAAGGAAUUGAUCUAAUUGAAAAAAAAUCAAAGAACAGUAUCCAGUGGAAGGGCGUAGGUGCUGGCUGUAAUACUAAAGAAGUUAUAGACAGAUUAAAAUUACUUAAAGCUGAAAUUGAAGAUCUAGAAUUGAAGGAAAGAGAACUCGACCAGCAGAAAUUGUGGCUACAGCAAAGCAUCAAAAAUGUGAUGGAAGAUUCCAUUAAUAACAGGUUUUCCUAUGUAACUCAUGAAGACAUCUGCAAUUGCUUUCAUGGUGAUACACUGUUGGCCAUUCAGGCACCUUCUGGUACACAGCUCGAAGUACCUAUUCCAGAAAUGGGUCAGAAUGGACAAAAGAAAUACCACAUAAAUUUAAAGAGUCACUCAGGACCUAUCCAUGUGCUGCUUAUAAAUAAAGAGUCCAGUUCAUCUAAGCCGGUGGUUUUUCCUGUUCCCCCACCUGAUGACCUCACACAGCCUUCCUCUCAGUCCUUAACAUCAGUGACUCCACAGAAAUCUACCAUGGCUGCUCAGAACCUGCCUGAGCAGCAAGUUUCUGAAAGAAGCCAGAAUUUCCAGCAGACACCAGCUACAGAAAUAUCUUCAGGAUCUAUUAGUGGAGACAUUAUUGAUGAACUGAUGUCUUCUGAUGUGUUUCCUCUCUUACGGCUUUCUCCUACCCCAGCUGAUGACUACAACUUUAAUUUAGAUGAUAAUGAAGGAGUCUGUGAUUUGUUUGAUGUUCAGAUACUAAAUUAUUAGAUUCCAUGGAAACUUGGGACUGUUAUCUACCUCUAACUAUAACAUUUUAGAAUUCUUAAUAACCUGAGUAUUUAAAAUUAUGAAUGUAACACCAUUUUAGUUCACUGAUUCUGAAAUGUUCUUUCCUAACAUUUUAUUUUUUACUUCACAAAACUUGAGAGGGCUCUGACUGCUUCAGGGGAAAUGAUGAACUGUCUACCAGCAUGCCCCUCCAGUGAUUUUAUUCAGUUUCUUUCAAUGCUGAAUUCUGCUGUAGCUUCCUCUCCUGAGAGGAAAGUUAAAGCAGACUUCAGGUCAUCAUGAAACAUUGCCCAAAAGAUCACUUAUUUGUCUUUACCUUUUUACUGCCACAAAGUUAUUUCUGUGUGUCCUUCAAACAGACAUUCACUGCCACAUAUAAAGUGAAGGACAUCACUGUUGAGUGAACAGAUUUUGUGAAGUGCCUUCUGUUUUAGCACUUUAAUUCUAUCAGUUUGUUGACUUCUGACAUUCUACUUUCCUAGAGUAUAGGAAAGAUCUGUUUAUGUAGUUUGUUUUUAAAAUGUGCCAAUGCCUGUACAUUAACAAGAUCAAAAAAUAAAGUUGUAUAAAACA